ACCUGACCUCAGUGCAGUAUCAGCUCUGAUUGAGCUGAGCUCCUCCUCUUCCUGCUCCUCCUCCAGAGCUGCUCUUAACAUCACCCUCCACUUCUCUAUACAUUAUAUUUCCUUAUAGUCUUCAUACUGGCUGCUUGUCUCUUUAGUUCAGGAUGAACAGAAACACACAGAUGUUCACUGUUGCUUCUACAAACCCAAAUGUUUCUUCAUCUGGAGAUGAACUUGAGGAAGUAAGUGACUACGUUAAUACAGCUGUGAGCACUGUGGACAAAAUAUCAGCCACCUCAGAUAAGAAGUGUGGCUCCUUCACUCAGAGUUUUCUACCAGUAGCAGUGAGUUGGGUGAUACUGUUGGUAAUCUUGGUCCUUCAUAUCUACUUUACAUCUGUCAUCUCUGAAAACAACAACAAGCUGACCGCAGAGAACCAGGAGCUGAAGACAGAGAAGAACAUCUUAACAGGACAAAUACAAAACAUAGAGCAUAACGUUACUGUCGUCCAGCAGAUCAUUGAUGCCUACUGCCCAAUAAAAGAUGGAAACAGACAGUGUGAACCUUGCCUAGAUGGCUGGAAAUACCACCAGUCCAGCUGUUAUGCAAUCUAUAACCCUGGCACUGGUCAGAAAACCUGGGAGGAAGCUCAAGAGAUCUGCAGAAGAUGGAAUUCAGACUUGGCUGUAAUAGUUAAUGAAGAUGAAAAGACAUUCAUCAGUGGUAACAGUUGGAGAAGUGCAGGAGACACUGGCUACUGGAUUGGACUGAGAGCUGAAGCAGGGAAAUGGAAGUGGAUCGAUGGAAGUGAUCUGGCUGAAAAAUCCUGGAUGACACAACCUGCUAACAACGGCCUCUGUGCAAUUUCUGUCCGAAACCAAGGAUUGAAAUCAGUGUGGUGUGGAAACAGAAACGGUUGGAUCUGCAAAAGGGCAGCCUUUUCUGUUUAA